UAUUUGUCUAGGUUGAACGCACAGCCGGUAUUUUAACUUUCUGUUUUUUGUUGCAGUUGCAAGGUAGUAAGUUUUCUAUGUUUUUAUACUUUCGGGAGGUUGAUAAGUAACUAUUGAUGCUGAAAACAUCGUGAAAUUUCCUUUCUACGUCAUAAAAACGCAGUUAAAACGCACAUGUAUUAUUGUGUUCGUACUUAAAUUCGAUACAAACAACUUAAAAUGUAUUGCAAAUUAGUUAACUUUAAACACACGUGUAUGUAAAUACGGGACACAUUUAAAGUUUAUUUGACUGGUGAAUUGAUCCAAUAUCAAAUUAUGUCAUUAUCAAAGUUUUCUAAUCUAUUCCUUGACGAUUUACCAAUCCAUCGAUUUUGUAUGUUUUUUGUAUUGUUUACAUGAAAUAUAUUCGAUUUUAUAAACCAGCUACAAAUGAUUUAAAUGUGUAUUUACAAGACAUCAUCAAUCAACUUUUACAUAUUAAAGAAUCUGAAGAUCCAGUAAAUGUUAAACUAUUCCUAUCAAAAUAUUUUGAACAUGUUGUAAAUGGGACACAUACUAUUCAUAGAGAAUUUAAAUAUAUAUCAGCUAUUCCCUAUAACCGUAUAACAUUUUUAUUUAAUUUAUGGAAUGCUUUCAUGCCACUGAAAGAUAAAGAUUUCACCAUUGAAGAAUUUUACACAAUUGUCCAAUUAUUUUGUUUCGAUUUUCCUGGUGAAAUACUCUCUCAUUGUCAAAAAACUUUGAAUAUAGUACACAACUCUACAAUAGUUUACCCUUAUAAAGAUUUGUUUUGUGUAUUUCAAUUUCAUUUCUACUUUGAAGUUAUGUUUCAUCGUUUUCAUUUUAUUUUCUUAAAUUAUUGUAGAAUUUGUAAAUGCUUUAAUUAGUGAACUUACUAAAACUGAGUCAGUUGUGUUGACUAAUAAACAAAAGGGUCAAUCCGAGUUAGUCAGUGAAUCAGACAUUUCCAGUGGAGACAAUAAAUGUUCACAUAAAUCAGUAGCAUCUGAAUGUUGUUUUAAGAUGAACAUAUUGGUUGAAUUACCAAAUAAAUAUGUGGACUCAAUAGAAUUUUUUAAUUUUACACGUGGGUUGUAUAAAGAAUCAACUUUAUUGGUUUCCUCAAGUCCAUGGUUCAUAAUGAUCGGAUCAGGAAACAGACGAGCUUGAUUAAUAUGAUAGGUUUAUAAAAAUACAAUAAUGUUAUGUAUUCAACAUUUAUAAAUAGAAUCACAUGUAUUUAUCAUGUAAUCAAUUAAGAUAAUAUAUAAAUUAACGCACAGG